UAUUCUGACAGACACACUUCCCUUCACAUCAGCAAAAUCAUGGCCGCUUCCCAAAUUAUUACAGCGAUUGUAUGUAUAACAAAAAAUACACUUGUAUUAUUGUGAAUGUAUGUGCUUCAUUUUAGUAUUCAGAGAAAUGUAAUGGGAAAAUAAAAACAAAAGAUAUUCUGCUCUGAUAAUGAAUUUGGCCCAUGGCAGACGGAAUCUGCAGAGCUUCACGGCGGAAAAAGCAAAAACAUCAGCAGUUAUUAGCCGCGAAUUUUCCUCGGCGCGAGCGAUCAAAACGGAGAAGAGUGCAGGGAAUAGUCCCCUGGGUCUCAGAGGGAAAUUCAGAUUCAAAUGCUUUCUUAAACUUAGAAACAAAUCUGAAUAAGGAUCAAGAAAACCCUAGAAACCCUAGUACAAUGUUUAUAAAUUUGAAUGGUGAAAACCCAAAAGAAAGCGGAGCUCAGAACGAGGUGGCUGGUAAUAAUAGUAAACCCCGGAUGGGUUUCGAUGCGGUCGGUUGGACAAAUUCUAUGAAUCAGAAAAUUCAGCCAGUUAAAAGUAAGGUUUCAGAAUUAAAUUAUAUGUACUAUAAAGGGGUGCUAGACGACGAGGCUAGAAGCCUUUGUAGUCGUGAGGGGAACCCUCAAAUUGAUCAUGGUACAGGGCCAACUAAUGACAGCGCAUGUGUUUUGUAUUCAGAGGAUUUUUCUGUUGUAUUGGAGUUACCUGGAAGGGAAAUUGGGAAUACGUGUGAAAUAGACAAUGUUGGCCAUCAGGAUGUGGAAUUGGUUUCCUUGCUCGACGAUGAAGAUGAGCGGGAUGGGGUUUGUCAAGCAGGGGUUGCUGGUAAGAAAGCGAGGAAGCGAGGAGGGCGAUUGCGGUGUAGGAAAGAAAUUGGGGAGCUAGACCAGUACCUCGACACACACAUUAUUGAUAGAUAUAUGGAGCAAAUAUGGAAGAAGCUUACCAAGAGUAAAAAGGAACACUGUACUUACCUGGAUUGCUUAUGGUUUUCAAUGUAUCUAGAGGAAUUGACAUCCUUCAAGAUCUUGAAAUGGAUAAAAGCAAAACGUAUUUUCUCAAAGCGAUACGUUUUCAUUCCAAUUGUUCACUGGGGUCAUUGGAAUUUGUUGAUUCUCUGUCAUUUUGGAGAGGAUUUGCGUUCCAGAGUGAGAACACCGUGCAUGUUGUUGUUGGAUUCCUUGAAGGAAACUGACCCAAGUCGGCUUGAACCUUUAAUAAGAAAGUUCCUUGUGGAAGUUCACAAGGGAGAAGGAAGGAAGGACAGUGACAAAGUUAUUUCAAGGUUCCCUCUUUUGGUUCCUGAAGUUCCACAGCAGACAAAUGGUAAUGACUGUGGUGUAUUCCUUCUCCAUUUCAUUGAUCUCUUUUUAAAACAAGCUCCAGACAAUUUCAGCACUUCUGAAGAUCGUUAUCCUUAUUUUCUCACCAAGGACUGGUUUAAGCUCCGUGAUAUCAGAAAGCGCCGCAAGCAAAUUAAUGAUGUACUUUUAAGGGAACAAGAUGGUACAAACCAGAUGGUAACGAGGAGAAUUUCAACAAGAAGUAAAAAGCUCAAUGGAUUUUUGAGUAGUGGUCGUGUGUCUAACUGGAUCGAUCUAUCUACCGGUGCUUGAGAUGUGGCUGCUGGCUGCAAGAUUUGUACACAUUCUAUUGAAGUCUUUUUACAUCAGUACCUUGCUUCUUAAUUCUCAAUUAAAGAUCAGGAGAAAUCACCAAAAUUUGCAAUCCUGUGUUCUCAAGCUGGCUUUUCAAACAUAUAGAGGUUAUAUGUCCCUCAAACUGGAUUGCAAACCACAAAUCUUGAAAAAUAUUGUUGUCUUUAGGACUUUGGGAAACAUCAAUUUGAUGUAAAUUUUUACACUGGUGAAGAUUCUUUUACUUACUGAAGAUGAAGAAGCAAAGGGGAUGGUGUUGGUAUCUUCACAAGCAUCGGGAGAGUUUAAUUUCACUCCAAAAUUAAAUAAUAUAUGUAUAACUUUUAGAGUUACAUAAUAUAUUUAAAAUUAAUUUUAUAAUUA